ACUCCUCCUUCUUCGCCGCCGCUGCCCCUUUCCCAGCCGGUGGCUGCCGCUGCCGGGGCCACCACCGCCGUCGCAGCUGUCGCCUCCCGGGGGCCGCAAGGCGAGCGGAGGCCGCCGCAGAGCGCGAGCGCCGCCCGCCCGCCGGCCGCUCUCCAGGGCCGGGCCGGCUCGGCCGGCGCCCCCCGCGCCCCCAGACCGCCCCGCUCUCUCGCCCGCCCCCGCGGCCCGGCCUGGCGCCGCCGCCCGCCGCCGCGCUCCUCCUCCUCCUCCGGCGCCCCGCGGCCCGCCACCUCCUUCGCCCGCCGCCCCGCGCCCCCGGCCGCGUCGCCGCCGCCGCCCUCUGCGCCCUGCGGCGCCCCCCGGUCCCGCCCGCCAUGCCCGGCCCGGCCGCGGUCAGCAGGGCCCGGGUCUACUCCGAGGUGAACAGCCUGAGCCGCCGCGAGUACUGGGACUACGAGGCUCACGUCCCGAGCUGGGGUAAUCAAGAUGAUUACCAACUGGUUCGAAAGCUUGGUCGAGGGAAGUAUAGUGAAGUGUUUGAGGCCAUUAACAUCACCAACAAUGAGCGAGUGGUUGUAAAAAUUCUCAAGCCAGUGAAGAAAAAGAAGAUAAAACGAGAGGUUAAGAUUCUGGAGAAUCUUCGUGGUGGAACAAAUAUCAUUAAGCUGAUUGACACUGUAAAGGACCCUGUGUCAAAGACACCAGCUUUGGUAUUUGAAUAUAUCAAUAAUACAGAUUUUAAGCAACUCUACCAGAUCCUCACAGACUUUGAUAUCCGGUUUUAUAUGUAUGAACUACUAAAAGCUCUGGAUUACUGCCACAGCAAGGGAAUCAUGCACAGGGAUGUGAAACCUCACAAUGUCAUGAUAGAUCACCAACAACAAAAGCUUCGGCUGAUAGACUGGGGCCUGGCUGAAUUCUAUCAUCCUGCUCAGGAGUAUAACGUUCGCGUAGCCUCGAGGUAUUUCAAGGGUCCAGAGCUCCUUGUGGACUAUCAGAUGUACGAUUACAGCUUGGACAUGUGGAGUUUAGGCUGCAUGCUGGCAAGCAUGAUCUUCCGAAAGGAACCUUUCUUCCACGGCCAAGACAACUAUGACCAGCUUGUUCGCAUUGCCAAGGUGCUGGGCACAGAUGAGCUGUAUGGAUAUCUGAAGAAAUAUCAUAUAGACCUAGAUCCACACUUCAACGAUAUCCUGGGACAACAUUCACGGAAACGCUGGGAGAACUUUAUCCAUAGUGAAAACAGACACCUUGUCAGCCCCGAGGCCCUAGAUCUUCUGGACAAGCUCCUGCGAUACGACCAUCAACAGAGACUGACUGCCAAAGAGGCCAUGGAGCACCCGUACUUCUACCCCGUGGUGAAGGAGCAGUCCCAGCCUUGUGGAGAUAAUGCUGUGCUCUCCAGUGGCCUCACGGCAGCACGAUGAAACAGGAGAGCGACCGACGGGUAAUGCGGCAUUGAUGCUUGCCAAUAAAACCAACCAACCACACCCAAAUCUUGAAGGAAAACUACAGUGUGAUAAAAAGAAAUUCCAAUCAUUCCUUCUAAAUGCAAAGAAGAGUAAAGACCUAAAAGUAUGUCAAAAAGAAAGCAACUCCCCAGUACUAGUGGACAGGGAGCUGCUGUUGUGAUCUGGCCCUGCUCGUAGUUCAGGAUCUGAGGGCAUUCUCCCUUUGGAAUGCAUGGGAGAUGAGAAACUCGGAGUUGUUGUACGUUUCCCUUUAUUUCACAGGACUGCACUGUGGAGUUAACCUGUGCAAUCAACAAGCUCUGAAUAUCUGACUUCCUAUCUAUUCCAUUGUGGUCUGGGUUUCUUUUGAUGAGAAUUCAGGCUCAAGUUUUAGCAAAUGUCAGCAGUCUGUACUGACACACCAGCCUCAUAUCCAAGAAAGAGAUUAAAAGCAGUGACAGUAUUUUUUUUAAACUUUUACAGAUUCAUGGAUUUUUUUGGUUUGGUUUGGCUUGGCUUUUUUUUUUUUUUUUUUUUGAAAGACAUGAGCUCUCCAGGAAAUGCCCUUCAGCCCUGCAGUUUUCCUCUAAGUGUGCUGCUCAUUUGGAAGCAAACCACACCUGCUUUCACAAGAAUCCUCUUUGACUUCAAAGAGGCAUCACUUUACGUCUGAUGCCAUGAACAGGCCCCUGGGUCUCAAAAGUUCCAUGCUGAGUGCGUCACUUGGAUAAAACCUUUGUGGAUUUGCAUAACUAUAAAAUCUUUGUUGCUAGUUUU